AUGGUGGCGGGCGAAUGGGGCUAUGCGCCGGUGCCGGCCACACCCGCCAUGAACGCCUUCCUCGAGACCAAUCACGCGCACCUCGCCUCCUAUGGGCUGAAGAUGUCGCCACAACCGGGCUGUGGCGUCGGCGCCCAGCACCGCGCCGCGGCCCCCCACCCGCCGCCACACCACCCCCCACACUACCAGCCCUAUCCCCUGCACUCGUAUCAGACCGGCUACCUGCGAGAGUACGGUGGCUGCGGCGAGCUGUUCCCCCAACAGCCGCUAGAGCAGAGCUGGGACUGGCGCGGUGACGUCCACUACCAGAGCGGUGCGCCCCCCCUGGUGCCCCACGCCCACGCGCACGCGCCCCACGCGUUCCUACGCUACGUGCGGGCGCCACCGCGGCGGGACAUGCGCUGCCAAUGGCUCGACCCGGAACAGCCACCGCCGCGGAAGCUCUGCAACAAGCUGUUCUCCAGCAUGCACGAGAUCGUCACCCACUUGACGGUCGAGCAUGUGGGAGGGCCCGAAUGCACGACGCACGCAUGCUUCUGGCAGGGCUGCUCACGGAACGGGAGGCCCUUCAAGGCGAAAUAUAAGCUGGUCAACCACAUUCGGGUGCACACCGGUGAGAAGCCAUUCCCCUGUCCUUUUCCCGGCUGCGGGAAAGUGUUCGCGAGGUCGGAGAAUCUGAAGAUCCACAAGAGAACGCAUACUGGGCGGCCACUGUUGCGUCACGACACAAUGCCACCAGAGAACAACAAACUGCUGUCAAUGGCUGUCAUUGUAACGCGACCCCGUCGACCAACAUCUUACGGCCGAACUGAUAACUGCGUCGACUUG